AUGCCUGCAACAACAGAGAACAAUCAAAGCUCAUUUUUGGGAAGAAUAAGCAUUCGAAGAAACCAAGUAAUGUCAAUGGAAGGUAAUCACGAUCAAGAGCUAGAAGACCUUGAACUUUUCCAAAAACACGUCGGUGAUAGAUUCGCCGACCUAUUAUCUUCCACAACAGAAGAUCCUUCGAGCGACGCUCUUUUAUCUAUCGGUUGGUUGAGAAAGCUUCUGGAUGAACUUCUUUGUUGCGAAGCUGAAUUCAAAGCCGUUGUCAUGAUGGGUCGUGACCCUUCUCAAAUCUCCAAACCGCCUCUCGAUAAACUCCUCCCGGAACUCCUUGACCGUGUCGUCAAAUCGCUUGACGUUUGCAAUGCUGUAACUCUUGGUCUCGAUGCUAUUAGGAAUCUUCAGAGGCUCGCUGAGAUCGCUGUUGUUGCUCUUGAACCUAGACCCAUGGGUGAUGGACAAGUCCGGAGGGCCAAAAAAGCACUUCAUUCUCUUGUCACUGUAAUGGUGCAUGAAGAUAAAGAAUGUGGUAGUACCAAGGGAACUGAGAGAAGCAGAUCAUUUGGAAGAAGAGGAGGGAAUGCUGGGAAUAAGGAUAGAGUAAGAUCACUAUCAUGGACAAUGGCGAGAAAUUGGUCUGCUGCAAAACAAAUCCACGCCAUGUCUUCGAACUUGGCUGCGCCACGUGGUGGUGAUUUAACGGGUUUGGCUUUGCCACUUUACAUAAUGAGUACUGCAUUGGUUUUUGUGAUGUGGACUCUUGCUGCCGCGAUUCCUUGUCAAGAAAGGAACGGCUUGGGCACUCAUUUACCCUUUCCGAGGCAAUUGCCUUGGGCGCAACCCAUGAUUGGUUUGCAAGAGAAGAUUGCUGAGGAGUGGAAGAAGAAGGAGAAGAAAGGCUCUGUUGGAUUGUUGGAAGAGAUGCAAAAGAUGGAAAAGGUGGGGCAAUUGCUUAUUGAAUUUGCUGACUCUUUUCAGUUUCCUGCUGAAAAUGAGCGUUUGGAUGAGGUCAGGGUGCAUGUGGAAGAAUUGGCUGAUAUUUGUAGGAAGAUGGAAGAAGGCUUGGAACCUUUGCAAUUGCAGAUUAGAGAGGUUUUUCACAGGCUUGUUAGGACCAGGACUGAGUUUCUUCAUGUUUUGGACCAAGCUGGAAAAUUGUCUACACCUACUGUGUAA